AUGCAGGAAGAACUGAAUCAAUUUGAUAAGAACCAAGUUUGGAAACUGCUGCCUAAGCCUGCAGAUGCUACUGUAAUUGGAACAAAAUGGAUUUUCAGAAAUAAGCUCAAUGAAGAUGGAAAGGAAUUCGCUAGUCUUAUCCAAAGUGAGUUUGAAAUGAGCAUGAUGGGAGAGCUUAUGAUUUUCCUUGGACUUCAAAUUCAACAAUUUGAAGAAGGAACGUUUAUGUGCCAGACGAAAUAUACAAAGGAGUUAAUUCAGAAGUUUGUUAUGAGCAGUGCUAAAGAAAUUGGUACACCAAUGAGCCCGUCAACAAGUCUUGACAAGGAUGAAAAGAGAAAUCCUAGUGACGAAACCAGAUAUCAUGGAAUGAUAGGCUCUUUGCUUUACUUAACUGCCAGUCGGCCAGAUGUUAUGUUUAUUGUAUGUAAAUGUUCCAGGUUUCAAUCAGCUCCUAAGGAGUCGCAUCUGACUGCAGUAAAGAGAAUAAUUUGUUAUCUCAUCGGAACUAUUUCUUAUGGACUAUGGUAUCCACGUUCUAACAAGUUUAAGUUGGAAGGUUUUUCAGAUGCUGAUCUUGCAGGUGAUAAGGAAGACAGAAAAAGCACUAGUGGAACAUGUCAAUUACUGGGAAAGGCAUUAAUAUCAUGGAACAGUAAGAAACAAGGCUCAUUUGCAUUAUCCACAACGGAGGCAGAAUAUAUUACCAUUGGACAAUCCUGUGCACAAUUACUAUGA